AUGGUAUUACAGCAGCAAUACCGUGAAAGGGGUUUUAAAAAGUAUUCUGAAUUGAUCUCAUGCCUUCUGGUGGCUGAGCAACAUAAUACCCUUUUGCUGAAAAAUCAUGAAGCCCGUCCCACAGGGUCAGCUCCGCUUCCUGAAGCGAAUAUGGGAGCUAGACGUGAUAAGUCUGGAAAAAGACAGAAUAAUAAUCAUGGCCAUAUGAAUGUACGUGGGCAUGGCAAUGGUAAGAGACGAUAUAAUAGUCGUCAUCAUGGUGGUCAUGGCAAACGAGAGAACAAUAUGGGUUCUCAAAACAAUCCUUCAAGAGGCAAAAGCGGUAACUGCCACCGCUGUGGCAUGAAAGGUCAUUGGAAAACUGAAUGCCGUGCACCUGAGCAUUUUGUCAGGCUUUAUCAAAACUCCAUUAAAAGAAAGGCAAAUAAUGUUGGAGCAUCUUCUGCUAAUGCCCCAGUGGAGUCACACUUGACCUUUAAAAAUGAUUUUGAGGCAGGGCCUUCAAACAAAAUGAUGACAAUGCCGAG